GAUGAGUACUAGUACUAGCCUAUCCGGUGCUAGAAGAUCAAGAAGAAGAAGAUUAGUAAGAGGUUCAACAGAUUUGUUUGUUCACAGUUACAGUUUUUAACAGGCAAUUAACCUAAGAUUUUGUCAGGAUGCCACCAAAAAAGUCAAUGGAAGAGACAGAUCGAUUGACGCGUAUAGCAAUUGUAAACUCGGAUAAGUGUAAACCUAAACGAUGCAGACAAGAAUGUAAAAGAUCAUGUCCAGUAGUACGAAUGGGAAAACUCUGUAUAGAAGUUAAUCCAAACAGUAAAAUAGCCGCUAUUUCGGAGGAACUGUGCAUCGGAUGUGGUAUUUGUGUCAAGAAAUGUCCAUUCGAGGCAAUAUCUAUUAUUAAUCUUCCUAGUAAUUUAGAGAAGGAAACGACACAUCGUUACUCAAAAAACUCAUUCAAGCUGCAUAGACUUCCCAUUCCGCGUCCUGGUGAAGUUUUAGGACUUGUAGGAACUAAUGGGAUUGGUAAAUCGACUGCUCUGAAAAUUUUAGCCGGCAAGCAGAAGCCGAACUUGGGAAGAUAUUCUGAUCCACCGGAUUGGACGGAAAUCUUGAGUCAUUUUAGGGGUAGCGAAUUGCAAAAUUAUUUUACCAAAAUUUUGGAAGAUGAUCUAAAAGCGCUUAUUAAGCCUCAAUACGUCGAUCAGAUUCCUAAAGCCGUGAAAGGUACUGUGCAGCAACUCUUGGAUAAAAAGGACGAAUGCAAAAAUCAAAUGGAAAUAUGCAAGAUGCUCGAUUUAUUACAUAUACGUGAUCGAAGUAUCGAAGCCCUUUCCGGAGGUGAACUUCAACGAUUCGCUUGUGCAAUGGUGUGCAUUCAGAAUGGAGACAUUUUUAUGUUCGAUGAGCCUUCCUCAUAUCUAGAUGUGAAACAGCGUCUUAAUGCUGCCGUGACUAUCCGAUCGCUCAUUCAUCCAGACAAAUAUGCCAGGUUUAUAAUAGUGGUCGAGCACGAUCUAUCAGUCUUGGAUUAUUUAUCUGACUUUAUCUGUUGCCUGUACGGUGUCCCUGGGGCAUACGGAGUGGUUACAAUGCCUUUUUCCGUAAGAGAAGGCAUAAAUAUCUUCCUCGAUGGAUUUGUCCCUACAGAAAAUUUACGAUUUCGCGAGGAAUCUCUUGUGUUCAAAGUAGCAGAGAGUGCUACUGAGGAAGAAGUGAAACGUAUGAAUCACUAUGAAUAUCCCGCGAUGACGAAAACAAUGGGAACAUUCAGCUUGAAUGUUGAAAAGGGACAAUUUACCGAUUCCGAGAUACUUGUUCUGUUAGGAGAAAAUGGAACUGGUAAAACGACAUUCAUUAGAAUGUUAGCUGGUAAUUUACCACCAGAUGACGGAUCAGAGAGUAUUCCUCAACUCAACAUCAGUUAUAAGCCACAAAAGAUAAGUCCCAAAUCCCAAGGUACUGUCAGACAGCUGUUACAUGAGAAAAUUCGAGAUGCAUAUGUGCAUCCACAAUUUGUGACGGACGUGAUGAAACCUUUAAAAAUCGAUGACAUUAUGGAUCAAGAAGUACAGAAUCUUUCUGGCGGAGAAUUGCAGCGAGUUGCUCUCGCUCUUUGUCUGGGAAAACCAGCUGACGUUUAUUUAAUUGACGAACCAUCAGCAUAUUUGGAUUCUGAACAACGUUUGGUUGCCGCCAAAGUCAUCAAGAGAUUCAUACUGCACGCAAAGAGGACGGGAUUCGUUGUAGAGCACGAUUUUAUUAUGGCCACAUACUUGGCUGAUCGUGUAAUAGUGUUUUCUGGAACGCCAUCUUUAGCGACUACUGCACAUAGUCCUCAAUCUUUGUUAAAUGGUAUGAAUAGAUUUUUGGAAUUGUUGGGCAUUACUUUCCGAAGAGAUCCUAACAAUUUUAGACCAAGAAUUAAUAAGAAUCAAUCUGUCAAGGAUUUGGAACAAAAGAAAGCUGGACAAUAUUUCUUUCUGGAGGAGUAAAAUAUGUGAAGCUAUGUGCAAGUUGAAUGGCAGUGCAUAUAACAUAUUAUUAAUACAGCUUUUUAAUCUUUAUACUCUCUAAAUACUAAAUAGAAGAGAUCUUAUUGUUUAGUAUUUAGUAUUAUGUUGUAGAAUAUUAAUUCCACGUGUUUUGUGACGAUCUCGGAUAUUAAACAAAAUUUUAGAAUAUCAGUUGUCUGCCUGUAAAAUAAUACACUCGGCAAAAAAACUAGGGGAUCAAGAUAUUUAAAGCUAAAGUGAAAAAUCAUUGAGCAUUUUAGGGCUCAUUUCAAAAAGCAAAGAACCAUUUUCAAAGAUAUUUAUCAGCAUAAUAAUCUUUUAAACGAGCUUACAUAUUAUGUAUACGAAGCGUAUUUUUUUAGUAAAAUUUAGUAAAUUUAUUGUUCCAUGUAAAAGAUGAAAAUUCAUUUCUUAGAUCUCUUAUAUAGAACACAAAGUUUAAAAUAAGUACAAAACAAAUCUACGAAACUGUUUAGGUGUAGAUACAAC